CUUUGUUCCCACCCGGUGUGCGUCAUGAGUGAAAUAAGCAGAUAUUUUCUUGGCGAGAGAGCGGGAGGGGCUGGGAAGCGCAGCGCAGGAACAUGGAGUGUAAUUGACUAUUGGAGGAGUGGCCUUCCCAGACCAGCAUGCGGACUUUGUUUAUAACGUGAGGAAGGGGGACAAUGUGGAGACAUCUCACCUCACUUCGCUUUUUCAAGGCUCGCAGCAGUCGGUUUCUCUUUGCUCUGUAUCAUUAGGCUGUCUGCGGUAAAUUAGGAGUGGAAUAACUCAUCUUCAGGAAUCACUAUCAACAAAAGAGUGUCUGCUUGCCAACGUUAGAAACUGCUGAGACGAUCCACAGACAGAUCCACAGGGUGAUGUGACAGCGACGACCACCUGUUUUCACUAAUAACGAUGAAGAUGAGGAUCCUGGGGCCAGAGAGGUUCUGUGUUCUGCUGGGUGUGUCCCUCCAACUGCUGCUGUUGCUACCAGACACCUCCUCUACCGCUGCAACCUGGAGUCAGAGUGGACCCCGCCUGCAGCUCUCACACACAGAGUUGCAUUGGAGGAACAGUUCCAGUGUGUUCUGGGACAGAGGUGUGAGUGGGGGUUACCAGGCCCUGCUGCUGGAUGAGGACCGUGGCUGGCUGCUGGUGGGAGGAAGAGACCACAUCUACCUGCUGCACUCUAACAGUCUGGAUCUUCCUACAAGCACGAUCUACUGGCCAGCUGCGACAGAACACGUUGAGCACUGCAGGCUGGCAGGGAAGAACCUUUCGACUGACUGCGCCAACUACGUGCGUCUCCUCCAGCCCUUCAAUAAGACCCAUGUGUACGUCUGUGGCACCGGGGCCUACCACCCACAAUGCACCUACAUAGACCUGGGACGCAGUAUUGAGGAGCCAUCGUUCCGCCUGCUGAGCCAUGCUGUGGAGUCUGGCCGGGGGAAAUGUCCCUUUAGUCCACGGGAACCCUUCACCGCCAGGCUCACCGAUGGAGAUUUGUAUGCCGGGACAUCCGUGGAUUUCAUGGGCACCAACACAGCUAUAUUCCGUACCUCUGUGCACAGCAGCAAACAACACUAUAUACGCACUGAGGCCUACCAGGACCACUGGCUCAAUGAGCCAGAGUUUGUGGGUUCCUUCUCUAUCCCAGACACACACAGUGUGGACGAUGACAAAGUCUAUAUCUUCUUCAAGGAGACAGCUGUAGAGUCCAGCCAGUGGGACAAGAGGGUUUACAACAGAGUGGCACGCGUCUGCAAGAAUGACGUCGGAGGGAAGAGGAGUCUGAUUAACCGUUGGAGUACGUUCCUCAAGGCCCGUCUGGUGUGUUCUGUACCAGGACCAGCUGGACUGGACACACAAUUUGAUGAGCUAGAGGACGUCUUCAUGCUGGAGACCAAAGACUCCCAGAACCCCAUCAUCUAUGGAGUGUUCUCCACCUCCAGUUCUGUCUUCAGAGGGUCAGCAGUGUGUGUCUACUCCAUGGCCUCUAUCAGGGCAGCCUUCAACGGUCCAUUCGCCCACAAGGAAGGGCCCGACUACCGCUGGGUGGAGUACAAGGGGAGGAUCCCAUAUCCACGACCUGGCACUUGUCCCAGUGUGACCUACGACCCCCUCCACAAGUCUACCCGUGACUUCCCUGAUGACGUAGUGAGUUUCAUGAGGGGUCAUCAUCUGAUGUGGGAACCCAUCCUACCGGUCACCCGCCGCCCGGUCUUUACCCUGGUCAACGUAUCCUACACCCUGAGAAAGUUAGUGGUGGAUAGGGUGGACGCUGCGGAUGGACAGUAUGAUGUACUACACCUGGGCACAGAUGAUGGCCAGGUGCUGAAAGUGGUGUCUAUUCCUAAAGAGAACAGGGAACCUGAGGAGAUCAUUCUGGAGCAGCUGACUGUGUUUCAGAAUCACGCCCCUAUCCUUAGCAUGGAGCUGUCUACCAAACGGCAACAGCUGUAUGUGAGCAGUGAUGAGGGAGUGGCCCAGUUAGCCCUGCAGAGGUGUGAGCUGUACGGUAAAGACUGUGCUGACUGCUGUCUGGCCAGAGACCCUUACUGUGUCUGGGACGGGAACACAUGCAACCGAUACUUUCCCAGCAACAAGAGGCGAGCUCGGCGCCAGGAAGUGAAACAUGGGGAUUCAAUGAGCCAGUGUCACAAUGCAGAAGAUGGUUCUGAGUCAGUGGAGCUGAAAGUGAUCUAUGGGGUGCAGAGCAGCUCAACCUUCCUAGAGUGUAUGCCCAGAUCCCAACAGGCUACAGUCAAGUGGACAGUUCAGUCGCCACACACUCGCACUAGCAGAGAGCUGCUCCAGAGCGAGGAUCGUAUGGUCCACAUGAAGCGAGGUCUCCUGGUGCAGCGGCUGGAGCCAGGGGACGCUGGCCUCUACACCUGUACCACCCUGGAGCACUCCUUCUCCCAGGUCCAGGCCCGCUACAACCUCCAGGUUAUACCCCAGCAGAGCAUGACAGCAUCCCAGGCCAAGGCAGCUGAUCCUGGGGCCGGAGGGGCAGGGCUGAGGGGGGGCCUGGUUCCUGGGAGCCACACCAAGCUCCUCAGGAACUACAAGGACCUGCACAUGGUGGGCAUGGCUAGCAUGAGCGCAACCGAGUACUGUGAGCAGCUGUGGUACCGAGAGAAGAAGAAGCUACGCCAGGUGAAGUGGAAACAGACCCAGGUGGACAACGGCAAGGCCAGGGUGCGACGGCACGACUCCACCCCACUACAAUGACCAGCUGGGGAUGGGGAUGGACAGAGAUGUGGGCUGCGUCACAGUUCUCCGCGGUUUCUCCUGAUAUGUGCACUUUCACUCAUGGAUAUAACAAGGGUGUAAAAACUCCAUCCAGCCAAUGCUUACACCGAGCCCGUGCCUUGAAAUCCAUGACAGGUAGUGUGCAAGGGCACACUUCAUGUACAAGGGUGCAUAAUCAGAAAGUAGCCUUGGAGAUAAAGAGAAUGUAUGAACACACAGUAAUACAGCCUUUAUUUGAACAGACAAAACAUUAAGAACACCUUCCUAAUAUUGAGUUGCACCUCCCCCCUCUUUUCCCUCAGAGGUGUCGAAAGCGUUCCACAGGGAUGCUGGCCCUUGUUGACUCUAAUGCUUCCCACAGUUGUGUCAACUUGGCUGGAUGUCCUUUGGGUGGUGGACCAUUCUUGAUACACGCGGUAAACUGUUGAGCGUGGAAAAAACCCAGCAGCGAUGCAGUUCUUGACGUACUCAAACCUGUGCGCCCGGCACCUACCACACCCCGUUCAAAGGCACUUAAAUCUUCUGUCUUCCCCCUUCACCCUCUGAAUGGCGCACAUACAGUACUGAUCAAACGGUUUAGAACACCUACUCAUUCAAGGAUGUUUUCUUUAUUUUUACUAUUUUCUAUAUUGUAGAAUAAAGAGGGAAGACAUCAAAACUAUGAAAUAACACAUAUGGAAUCAUGUAGUAACCCAAAACAAAAAUGUGUUAAAUCAAAAUCUAUUUUAUAUUUGAGAUUCUUCAAAUAGCCACCGUUUGGAUUUAACAAGUGACAUCAAUAAGGGAUCAUAGCAGAUCGCAUGGUCAGUCUAUUUAAUCGAAAAAGCAGGUGUUCCUAAUGUUUUGUCUACUCUGUGUCUUAGCUUAAUAUUGUUAUUAUCAGUUAACCUUUGUCGCACAGAAUAAUGUGUAUGAUAUGAUAUUUUAGAUUUACAUCACUCCUCAAUCAUUCCCUUGUAUUCUGUGUAGACAGGAUUUCGACCCGAAACGUUUGUUAUUGCGCUCUGGACUGGUGAGUUUGUUACCAAAUAAAAACAGGACAGACCGUUCUCUGCCACAUGUGUUGAGGG